AUCCUGCCCUUUGGUUACAACACCAAGGAUGUCUGGCUCCUGAUGAACGUGACUGCUACUGUGGAUAACAAAUUUGUGACCAGCGAAUCCUACUUCACUCCGGUGUUGCUCGCCUACUCCAACCUUGUUGACCCACAGAUCACUGUGAUCGCAGGCGACAACUAUAUAGUUACAUUAUCUGCUAAGGGCGGCGUAGGUGCAUGGAUGUGGCUUGAUCACCCUUCA